UCUGCAUCACUUCCUGUAGUGACGUUAAAGAUGGCGUCUACCCAUCAUGCAGCAGUUGUACUGAUUACAUCCGGUGUGAUGCUAGACGGGCCAGGGUGAUGAGGUGCUCUCCGGCGGGUUUUGAGUUCAAUUCUGAGACCAAGCGCUGCUCAGAGCCCCCGUCUGCCACGUGCACCUACAAAGCUGUCGAGUGUGACGAGGACGGAAGCCACCAGAGAGGUGGCCAGUGUGACGCCAUGUGGAGAUGCCGAGAUGGUCAACUGCUUGACCUGUGGCGCUGUCCAAGCGGGCUCAGUUUUGACCUGCGCACUCUGACCUGUGUUUCUCAGUCGUCCACCUGUGUCGAUAGCGUUAUUCGUACGCACAUAUUGGAAGACUUGAUUCCAGAUGUUCAAAGCAUCAUUGGUGGCUCCAUUCAGCCCUUUUAGGGGAUGUCUAAUGGAACACAAGCCCUGAAAGAUACAAACACUGACAAAGCAAUUACAACACAGACACUAACAAUGCUAUCAAUUAUAUUGACAUACAUAAGAACCACUGGCAAUAGGUUCAGAACAAUAUUGACAAUCUGAUAAAUUACAAUGACAAUACAAGCACCUGCAGAUUAAUUAUUCAUAUCAACAACUUGAUCUAAAUAUUAUGAAGACAAUGCAAACUCCCGUAAUAAAUAAACUGACAACCCAAGCAGUAAUAAUUACAAGGCGAAAUUAAACAAGAAACAUGUAACAAUAAAAGACUAUGCAAAAGUUUAAGGUAUCAUCAAUGAGGAGUACCGUAACAUGAAAACGUUAUUUUUUUGUCGAGAAAAAGCAAAAUAAAGAUACAAAAAUAACAGAAGGAGAGCCAAGAAGUAGCUAGAACUUACCAGUGGCGCGCCCUCCAAUCACUCAUGAGGUCUGUCUUACGUUUUCCCUUCUCUAAAUAGCUGUCAAAGCAUCGAUGUUAUUCUUAUUACUUAAACAGAUAAAACAAAGCACCCACAGCACAGACAAUUACACAGUUAAUGAAGACGUCACACCAGGACUGCCGCAAGUUGUCAGGAACAAUGACAAGGGAAAUGAAAGCCUUCAUGUCAGUGAUGUCACUAUGAGAGGGAAUCCGUUAUAAUGAUUAAAUAUACUUCUUUGUCAUGCAUGAAUGCAAUGUGUAUGCCCGUUCAUUCGAGUGAACUAUUUUACGUAGAACC